AUGAAGCGUCAGCACAUCGCCCUGCCGACCCUCCAAGUCGCCGCAGCGGCCUUCUUCGCAGCCUCCGUCCAAGCCGAGACGUACUGCGUAGACGGAGCCACCAAGGUCGUCGCCAAGACCGAGUGCGACGCCGACACCGCGCGCGCCGUCGGCCAAUUCUUCCUUCACCAGGGCCCUCCCGGCUUGACCGUCGGCGAAGUGAUUCCCCCUCCGGCCGAGCCGGGCCACGUCUCCGGAGGCUUCGGCCGCCGCUCCGACGACAACUGCGAUCCGAACAAGGACAAGGACUGCCACAGCGGCGGUUAA